AUGAAUGUGGCACACGCCAAGGUACCGGCAGCUGGAUUCAGGUUUACUCGUGUAGAAUGGAUGGCGCACAAGUUGGCGACUUUAAACAAGCCGACGAGGUAAGCCUUACUCGCUUUCUGGCGAGCACGUAUGGCAGCAGACCGGGCGAUAACGAUGAGAUUUCUUCACUUCACCACUGCUUAGCGCCGACCUGCGCACGGCUUUGGAGACCUGUCGCUUCCUGGCUAGCGCGUAUGGCAACAGACCGGGCGAUAACGAUGAGGUUUCUUCACUUCACCACUGCUUAGCGCCGACCUGCGCACGGCUUUGGAUACCAACUGUUUAUGAGAGGCCUCUCCUCUUCGAACGCCGAUUUACGCGCGCCUUUGGUAGUCAACUGUUACCAGGAGCUUCUCCACCCGUGGAUUUAUGCGCACUUAAAAAGACUUCGUGUUAACUAUUAAACUGGCUAUAAAUUGCAAAACUGGUUUAAAACGACCCGGGAACACAAACGACUUCUCCACUCCAAAUUCACCAAACCAUCUGCCGAAAAACAACUUCAAUCUUCUCUUUUUCUAAUAUUCCAUAAAAAUUUAAAUUCAAAAUAAGCGCAAAUAAGCACUUAAUUUAUUAGAAACGGCCAGGAAUUAUACGAAAAAAAGGUCGGCGCUUUCUUUUUCUUUUUUUUUGCUAAAAGCGCCAUCUAACCAUCAACGCCUGAAUUAUGAAACCGCAUAGAGAGACAACAGAAAGAGAACUGAGCCAGCUGACAACUAGAAGAAGAAGUUUAAAAAUAAACCGACAGAUGUUGAUUAUGUAGCAAUUUUGCUACAGUAUGUACUGCAAACAUUACGAGACAACCUGACGUGGCAUUACGAGAUACGAGCACUAGCGAGCAUGAGAACAAUAAUAAUAAUAAUUAAAAUUAUAAUUUCAGAAUAACAAUAUACCAAAUUCUUGUACAAUUUUUUUUUAUCUCAAUAAACUUUUUAGAUUCUGUGCUAACCUCCUCCUUUAAAUAUUCGGCUGUAUUGAAUUUACACACUGUAUAACUAAGAUACGAUUUUUCCUUAAUUUCUAAUAAAAAAAUACCGUAUAGAAAAAGUAGUAUACUCUAUGCCAUUGUGUUAAGAAUGAUAUUAUCGCGAACUUAGUCACUUGGCUUCGUGACCCCACGAUAAUAAACGCGAUAAGUCCAGUUAUCAAUACGUGUGGCUCCUAUAGGUAUAUGGUCCACGAUGUAUAUGAGGCAGAGACAUCGGCUGGUAAACCUUUACGUGUUAUAAAUUUUUAAUAAAUAACGCUUCCAAAUCGAUAUGCAUUGCCAGUUGCCACAGACAAACACAUAGCGGUCAAAACUUACACCCCUCCUGUGUGUGUGGUAGGGGGGGAGGGGGGAGUGGGCUUAAAAGCACUAGACCAUAUAUAUAUUCAAAAGACUUCAGUUAAGUAAAGAAUUUGAAAAUGAACUAGGUAAAGUCUAUGUUCGUUUAUUAUAUUCGCAUAAUUGAUAUGCAAUCAAUAUUCGAUACAAUGCUACCUUCAAUUCUUCAGGGUUCAAUGCUACUACCGUGUCCACCGAAGUUCGCAAAUUGCGGGCAUCUUUCUCUUUUACUCCAAUUAAAGCGUAAUUAGUGACAAAGAAAGAUGCCCGCAAUUUUGCGAUCUUCGGUAUCCGCGGCAGGCCUCGAUCUACCAUGCAAAUACCGUAAUGCAACGAAAAUCUCAUGGAAGUUCUUAAACCGUCUAAACGGCUCUUAAUACACAUUUCGACAAUAUUUUACUGAAUUGAAGUAAUUAAUCGUUAUCAAACGUGACGUAGGUACCUAUGUGCUCUAGUGGAACUUUAGGUACGAGAAUAAUGCGAUUGUGUUGUUUACAAACAUUACAAUAGGGAGCGAUAGAUAUGUUAUUUGCAAAUCUCAUUUAAUAUUUAUUCGCAAUAGUGAAGACAUCUUUUAAGUUAUUCAUUUUUGUUUGUUAAUUACGUUUGGAAGAGAGAAUAAGAAUAUGUUCGCGCUCAGAUAUUUUAUUUAUUUGUGUUUGUUCCCGGCUUCUAAGAUUGAUGGUUACAGGACCAUUGGCGCCAACAUUAUUGUGGCAGAAGCAGGAGAGAGCGUGGACAUUGCGUGCGAGAGCGAAGUACCCCUCGUCGGGUGUGAGUUCAUACAUCCUGGAGAAGCGGACCUGUUAGUUUUUUACAAUGCGGCCGUCGAAUCAUGCAAGGUCACUGUGAACGCCACCCCCGCCAACUCGGGGCUCUGGACGUGCGUCUUCUACACCUCGUCAUCGUCUCAACCACAAGUACCACAGCCCCACAAAAUGGUGGAACUGAGAGUGCUCGGGAUAGACAAGGAAAACACGGGGAGGGAAGGAGACAGCGCGACGUUAUCGUAUGAAAGUUCGCAUGAAGAUAUAGCUCCGAUAAGUGCUGCGCCAGACAGAGAGGUCGCAGUGAGGAAAGGAGACAGCGCGACGUUGUUUUAUGAAAGUUCCCGAGGGGAUGAAAUAGACGACGAGCCCAUAGUGAUCAGCGUGCAGACGUACGUGUGCGCCAACCUGGCCUUCCUGGCCACCUUCGUGGCGCUACUCUACUGCAAGGAGCGCUACUACACGCGCUACUACGGCACGCGCUGGGAUGACGAUGACAGCAUGCACGAGGCGAAGGCUGGAGACGUCAAAUGCUCUGCCAACCCUUUGGUGCUAGUGGUAUGAUGGUACCUUUCGAUGGACACAGUACUGACUCCAAUAUAGGAUCAACUGAAGAUCAGAGGCCAUAGCUAAGAUGAUAAACAACAAUCGAAAAGUAAAUAUGUAUCGGGGUGAUAGAUCGAGCAAAAAGUGCUCAUUUCCAUACAAGAUUUAAAUUCUAGUUGUAGUUUUCUAUAAAUGAUUGGCAUUUGGAUUUUGGACGUGACGGUCGUACUUAUCUUGUCCACGUGAAAGCGUGUGUAUGACAGUGUCUUGUUUUAUUGAAACAGUGUUAAAAAGUGACGUGGAUACGCCAUCUGUCGGAUACCGUGAGAUAUGGACUGCGAACGUGUGUUUUGGUGAUAUCUGGCGAGGGCCUAUGCCCACUGUCUAAGAGUGCCUAUCUGACUGACAGAGCUGGGCUCAGUUAACCAAAAAGUUAACUUUGUUAAUUGUUAAAUAAAAAGUUAACUUCGUUAAUCGUUAAAUAAAAAGUUAACUUCGUUAAACGUUAAAACGUUACUUUUCAAGAUUUUAACGGAAGUUAAAGUUAAUCGUUAACUCGAAAUCGUAAAUAUACGCAAUAAGAAAUAAAACUCGUAGAAACAAUAAUAAAUUUAGAUUUUUAUUAAAAACUCAUCUACUAAUUAACAAGCAAGCGUCCCGACCACGCUAGUUACGUUAGUGCCGUGGAAACUAGGAAGGGCCCUGGUGUGGGACGCAACGUGUGUCGACACCUUUGCACAGUCCCACAUUCUGGGGACCCGCAUUCGAGCCGGCGCUGCCGCUGACCAGGCCCAAGUACUCAAGCGCCGCGAAUACUCGACGUUGCUCGACGACUAUGAGUUUGCGGCGCUCGCGGUUGAGACUUUGGGUCCCUGGUCAGCCGACAUGAAAAUAUUCAUGGGAGCAUUGUCGGCGCGGCUGGUCGACACCGGGGACCCCGGGGCUGGCGCGUACCUCUCUCAACGUAUUUCCCUUGCGAUACCGAGAGGUAAUGCAGCUAGUGUCAUGGGGUCCAUGCCGCAGACCGUCCUGUUAGAAGGGGUAUUCUCUUUGUAAUUGGUUCUUUUUUUUGUAGGUAAGUAUAUUUUGUAGUAGGUGAUUUUAUUUUAUUUCUAGGUUUAAUUUUAGUUUUAUUUUUGUAAUUUAUAAUAUUUUAGUUUAGUCAAUAUAGAUUUUUUAAGAGCUUAGUAUUCCUAUUUAUAAAUAAAUAGAUCACAUGACUAAUGGCAUGGUAAUCAAUGAUUACUAAUUAAUAAUAGCAUAUCCAAUAAAAAUAUCAUU